CACUCCGACAAUGAAUGAAAUUCAAUAAUUGUGUUUGAAUUUAUAAACUAAAAUUUUUCAAUAUAAUCGAAAGUUCAUACAUCUCUGCUUGAGCUUUGUCUUAAUCGAAAUGCUCUUCAAAUUCUACAGUAAUUUCGCGAAUUGAAUAAUCUACUUGUUUUCUCACCAACCGUCUGUUCGCUUUCUACUUUGUGGGUUCGCUUUCUACUCUGUGCCAGCCAUUAGUUUAUCAGCGAAUUUAAAUAAAAUAUCAAAACAAAUUGGGGUUAAUUGGGCCCGCAUUAAGCUCGCACUUUGCCAGCAAUUAAAGAUUUUUAAUUGCUCUCGUCCGCGACAUUCCGAGAUUUUGGCGCCACUUAAGAUUUAAACACACACGUCGCUGCGCUUUUGUUUAUCAUCCGGCGAAGCCAAAGUGCGAGUGCGAUAGCACGUUACGCUGCAUGGGUGUAUCCGGCGAUGUAUUAAUUUGUUACGCACAGUUACGUUAACAGGUGAGACAAACGCGUCGGAGAACUAUCAAUCAACUAUUCAUCUGUACGAGAACUGAUCAAGAUUAUCGAUCAAAUGGAUUGUUGUCUUUCGCUUGUCACGAUCAUCGGUUUCAUCGCGAUGCUGUUCGCCCUGACAAGAAGAUACUUUUCGUCUCGAGGAGCGAAGUUGUUAGAGCUACCGGAGACUUGGUGGACACCCGGCACCGAGGGCUCGGCCAAUAACGACAUUCGUCCGUAUAAAGUUACUUUUUCAGAAGAGAUAGUAAAAGAUUUGAAGUACAGAUUGAAGCAUACGAGACCUUUGACACCACCAUUAAAAGACGUAGCCUGGAAUUAUGGCACUAACACUAACACUUUGCACAAACUUUUAGAUUAUUGGGCAAACGAGUAUAAUUUCGAGGAACGUGAAAAGUUUAUUAAUCAGUAUUUGCAUUUUAAAACAAAUAUCCAAGGAUUAGACAUUCAUUUUAUACAUGUGAGACCAAAUAAUACAGAAGGAAAACGCGUUUUACCACUUCUAAUCGUACAUGGAUGGCCUGGCUCUAUAAUAGAAUUUUACAAGGUCAUUCCAUUACUGACUUUACCAAAACCUGAGCAUGAUUUUGUAUUUGAAGUGAUAGCGCCUUCAUUGCCCGGUUUCGGUUUCUCUAGUGCAGCUACAAUACCUGAUCUUUCGGCCAUUCAAGCGAGUGUGAUUUUCAAAAAUCUCAUGUUGAGACUUGGUUACGAUAAGUAUUACGUUCAAGGUGGUGAUUGGGGUGCCCAAGUCAUUCACACUAUGUCAUGUUUAUAUCCGCAACACGUCUUGGGUAUGCAUUCCAAUUUUUGUAUAACUUUGACUAAAUGGACUCUAUUGAAAAACAUAUUGAAUCUGUCUUCUUUCUUACCUUGGAUGAAUACUAAGAAAACUAAGAAAAUAGGUUCUAGUUUCUCUUCUUUCUUGUUAGAGACUGGAUAUUAUCACAUUCAAGCUACAAAGCCAGAUACAGUUGGAGUCGGUCUGAAUGACUCGCCUGCCGGUUUGGCAGCGUAUAUCAUCGAGAAAUUUUCGACCGGCACAAAUCCGUUUUACAAAAACAGAGAAGACGGUGGAUUUCUGGAGAAAUAUACAUACGACGAGUUGAUUGACAAUCUGAUGAUCUAUUGGGUAUCGAAUAGUAUGACGACAGCCAUGAGAAUAUACGCUGAAAUGUAUACCAAGUCAAACAGAUCCUUGUCUGCACGUCUGGAAUCGACACCGAUAAAGGUUCCUAGUGCUUGCUCGCAAUUCCCUCACGAAAUCAUGGCGAUACAUCCUGAUGUUCUGAGAAAACGAUUUGUGAAUCUUUUACGCACUACUAAAAUGCCUAGAGGUGGUCAUUUUGCGGCAUUCGAAGAACCUGAAUUACUUGCAAAUGAUAUAUGGAUUUCUGUUGAUGAGAUGGAAAAAUGGAACAAGAAGCAUAGGGAAACAAUAAUUUCUGAAUACGAAGAGAGUAAACGUAGUUUAUAAAUGAGAAGAACACAAACGUUAUUUUAAACAAAAUUAUAAGAAAUAAUGUUCACCUUUUAUAAAGAUUUGUACUUAUAAUGUGCUUAUAUAUGUUUAAUUAUAACGAUAUAAUUUUUAUUUUUAUUACUGUUGAAAAGUAUAACUGUUAAACAUGCUUUUAAAUAAGACUAAAAUACAAUAUUUUUAAUGUUUGAUAAUUCUUAUUAGAAAUAUAUAACUCUUUCACAGUAUUAAUCUAGUACAUGUAUUUUAUAAACAAUUAUCGGUUCUUCAUACGAUGUCUAAUAAUUACGUAAUUAGAUUUGGUUUUCUAUGGUGUUUAUGGGUUAUAUCAUAUUAUGUAAUAUUUUAUAUCGUCAAAUCAUAUUUUAUAUCGUAAUUAUUUGGUCAAAUAGUCAAGUAAAUUUUUUUAUGUUAUAAAC